AGGGGUACUCAAGUUAACCACCAGCACCGCUUUCGAGAAGGGAUGUGCAUGAAAACACUGGGCGUAGGUGACGGCUUGGAGAAUACCCAGUCGAAGAGGUCAACGAUAGCGUGGUAUAAAGAGGAUUUUAGUGAAGCAGCACUAGAAGACAAUAGUGCACAAGAUCAGCUGGUCCAGGAUGUCUCCAGUACUGCUGUGCUUACACGACUUGAUGAUGAUGUGGAAGAAGAGGAACCAAAGGAAGUUGAUGACCGAGGAAACUGGUCUGGAAGGUUCGACUUCCUCAUGUCACUCUUGGGUUACUCCGUGGGCCUGGGAAAUGUAUGGAGGUUUCCUUACCUGGCAUAUAGCAAUGGCGGAGGAGCUUUUUUAUUUCCAUUUAUCCUGAUGUUUCUACUUCUUGGCUUUCCCCUGAUGUUCUUGGAGUUGAGCUUCGGUCAGUUUGCUGCCCUUGGACCAGCAGCCAUUUUUGACAGAAUUUGCCCCAUUUUUAAUGGCAUUGGGCUGGCAAUGGUGGCUGUCUCAUGUAUGGUGGCAUUUUAUUAUACAGUUCUUAUAGGAUGGGCUUUCCUGUACAUGUUUAAAUCUUUCACAAGUGAGCUGCCCUGGGAAAGAUGCCACCCAGAUUGGGCAUCUCAGU